AUGAACAAUGUUAUCACAGUAUUUUCUCUUCGUUCUUAUUCUUCAUUCUACGCGAUGGCCAAGCAUUCAAAUCCAACAUGGUAUCAGAGCUUGAAGAUCACGAUCUUCAAAUUACUUCUCUAAUUUUUCUGCAAAAUCAAUUCUGCAAUUGAUCUUCGUUGACUGUUCUUCCGAUUCACCUUCGCUGAUCUUCGCUGUGAUGACGACGACUUCUACGACUCUCAGCUCAUCCGAUCCUCUCUAUUUUCAUCCAUCAGAUCAUCCUGGCCUACUUCUGGAAUUGGAUGAACGCUAUGGUCAAUCCAAUGGUGCUAUGUUAUAUAAACUUCAAAAGGAAAUCAGUUCCACCUCUCAAGGGAAUCUGGACAUUGCAGGAUAUUACACCAAACUAAAGAAAAGUUGGGAUGAACUUAAUGCUAUCCUCUGUCUGCCAGAUUGUACCUGCGGUGCAGCUCAAGCUUUAAUCAAGCAUGAUCAGGAUCAGAAAUUGAUCCAGUUUCUAAUGGGCUUAAAUUCUACAUAUAACACAAUUCGUGGAAAUUUGCUCAUAAUGAGGCCCCUACCUACCCUAGAACAGGCAUAUAAUCUAUUGAUCCAGGAAGAAAAACAAAGGGAUAUUCAGCCUGUUAGUCAGAUUAUACCUGAUCAUGCUUCUUUGAGUGUCACUAAGCCUAGCUAUGGAUAUUAUAAAGGCAAACCAGAUGCUAAGAAAACUCUAUACUGUGAUCAUUGCAAGAAACCAGGACAUGUGGUCAACAAAUGCUAUAGGCUUAUUGGUUUCCCAAAGGAUUUCAAGUUUACUAAAGGGAAAAAUGCUUCAGCAAAUUCUGCUAACAUAGAGGAUUCUUCAGAGAAACAAUUUAAUCCAAAUUUCUGCAAACAGCUCCUGAAGUUGCUCUCCACUGUCCAGUCCAAUGGUUUCUCUCAAGAUAGCAACAAAUCACUUUCAGUAAGCCCUGAUGGUUUUCCCCAAAACUCCAUGGUUCACUCUGCUUGCUCAGGGCCCUUCCAUGAAGAGGCCACUGGUUCUUGGUAGACAAGCUGGAGGUCUAUAUUUCUCUCAAGCUUCUUCUGAUUCUUCUCAUCAACACUCCACCUCAAUUCCUCUCCAUACAAGUCCAGCUUCAUCAACUUUGUCUCCUUCUGUUUCGAUGUCUUCUUGUAAUUCCAAACAGAAAAGUAAUGAUGUUGUUAAACUUUGGCAUAUGCGUCUAGGGCAUUUACCUGCUUAUAAACUCAAAUCUGUAUGUCCUAUCAAUAAUGAGAGUUAUGAUUG